GCUGCACGAUAAGGCGUCAUCUAAGUAAAUUGUGUGGCGCGGGGUUCUCCGCGCUGAACGUGCUACAAGUACCGUGGUCGACGGCAAGGGAUCAGUAGCUAGCUAUUUGCAACGACACGUAUCUCGACGGCUUUAGACAGUUCCUGAUACGUCCACUGUGAUACCUCGACACAAUGCCGGCAAAGUAUCUGCUGUCGGUGAAUUCCCGACCCAAACCAAAUGUUGGAGUUGACGACGAUCUUUGGGUGAAAUGGUACAUGGAGGAACAUCUGGACGACCUGGUCAACAGCAAAACGUCCACAAAGGCUGCUUUCUACAAAGAAAGCCAUGACUUUGCGUUCAAGGCCAAAGAACCACAUCCGCGUAAAUUCCUUGCGUUAUAUCAGACGGAUUUCGAGGAGCCGAUGAAGUCAAAGGAGUUUCACGACGACGUGCGACAUACGAGUGAAAUGUGGCCGGACAAGAAGUCAGAUCAAGAGAUUGGUGAUUUUGACGCCAGGAACUAUUCACUCCUUCAGGAAUUUGAUCCCAAGAAGGUUGGAGAUUCCGCGCCGUCUUACCUUUUGACUGUUGAAAUGGAACCAAGCGAGGCCAAUGAGAAAGACUUUGAUGAUUGGUAUCGUCAAGAACAUCUCAACCUGCUAAGCAAGCUGCCUGGAUAUCGAAGGUCGCUAAGGUAUGUGAUUGGGCCGAAGACCCCAAUUACCCAGGGCGAACCGCCAAAGUAUCUGGCUAUCCACGAAAUCGACAAUGUGCAUGCUUUCGAUGGUAAGGAAGCAGAGGCCGCGAACACCACACCGUGGACAACGAAGCAUAUCGAAGAAGCCAAGACAUUCAUUCCGCGGAUGUGGGAGAAGGUCUACUCCCAAGGUUUCUGAGGGUCGACAAGACGGGGAGGGCCAUCAAAGAUAUAUUGAUACCUUGUCACCAGUUGGCAUGCCAUGUCACGUAGAGUAGGAAAGACCACUCGAACAUGCGGUCGGUGCCAUUACUGCUUCCAUCUAUGGCCAAAUGCAUUCAUUCGCUGGUGGGUAUCCUAUGUGAAGCAUUUUCUCGUAGAAGCGGGCCUCCUUGGGUCUUCC